GUCAUGGCCCUUCUAUUGUCUUCCUAAUGGAAACUACCAAAAACGAAGAAUUCAUGGAAGAACAUAGGAGAAGUCUUAGAGUUUUCCCCAAUAAGGAGUAUGUUGAACCGGUCAACUCAUCAAGGGGCUUUGCGUUAUGGUGGAAGGAGGGUAUUAGUAUUAAUGUAAUAAGUAGCGAUAAGUAUUAUAUGGAUGUUAGCAUCGACAUGGGGAAGAAGUUCUUCUGUACUUUUGUCCAUGCCCCGACUACGGUUGUUGGUAGAAGGGAGUUUUGGGAGCACUUAAGCUCUCUUCGGAGUAGUAGAGAUGAUAGUUGGGUCAUUGUAGGGGACUUUAAUGCUGCUAUUUAUGAUUAUGAAAAGGAAGAGAGGUGCCCUCUUAGAUACGAGAACGUGGAACCUUUCAAAAGGUUCAUUUUUGACAGUGCCCUCGUUGACAUAGGAUUUAAAGGUAACCCUUUUACUUGGUCCAAUAAACGAGCUAGCCCAAACUUAGUUAGAGUCAGAUUGGACCGAGUGUUGUGCUCGCCAUCUUGGAGAGUGAUGUUUGGAGAAGCGGUACUUUUCCAUGAAAAGAUGGUGGCUUCUGACCACUGCCCAAUUAGAAUUGAUCUCCACUAUAAAGAUAAUAGAAGAAGAAGAACACCGUUCAGAGUGGACGAGAGAUGGCUGGAAAAAGAGGGAUGCAAGGAGAUUGUUUGCAGGGAAUGGGAACCUGGAGGGCUAUCUAGCAAUCAACUUAACAAAUGCGAGAGAGAAUUGAAGGCAUGGGCGAAAGAUUUCCAUAAGAAUAGUAUCCUCAGGGAGAGUGAAAUUGUGUCCAGACUUGAGAUUCUCCAGCAACCCCCACGAAUUUCAGAGAAUGUGGAGGAGGAGAAGAUCCUCACAGCGGAAUUGACCAGAAUUUGGAUUGAGGAGGAAGCUUUUUGGAGUCAGUGCUCAAGAGUUGUUUGGCUUCAAAAAGGGGACCAGAAUACUUCCUUCUUCCAUUCUAGCACCAUUCACAGAAAACAUAGAAACAAAAUACUUCGCCUCAGAAAUGAAGUGGGGAAUUGGGUGGAAGAUGAGGCAGGGCUGAAGGGUCUGUCGGUUGGUUUCUUCAAAGAACUUUUCAAGGCUAGAGAUUCAGUAGAGUUUACCCACCUCCUUCAGGGGUUCCCAAAGAUGGUAAUAGGGGAGAUGAAUGAGGAUCUAUGUGCAAUUGUGACCAGGGAAGAGAUUAGGAGAGCAGUGUUCUCUCUUGGAGCGAGAAAGGCACCGGGACCAGACGGGUUCUCGGGUAAAUUCUACAGAAAAUCCUGGGAUACUGUUGGGAAAACCCUCUGUAGAGAAGUUGAGGAAUUCUUUGAUUCAGCUAGCAUGCCAGAAGGGUGGAAUGAUACGCACAUUGUGAUGGUACCGAAGGUGGACCACCCAGAGACAAUAAGCCAAUUCCGACCCAUCAGCUGCUGCAACUUCAGGUACAAAAUCAUCUCUAAGAUUAUGUCUACCCGGAUGAAGAAAUGGACACCAGAUUUGGUCUCAGAGCUCCAGACAGCCUUCACAGGUGGUCGCCUCAUCCAAGAUAACAUCAUUAUCGUUCAUGAAGUGCUACACCAUUUUAAGAAUCAUAAGCGUGGCAACAGAAGGGAUAUGAUGAUGAAGUUGGAUAUGAAAAAGGCUUAUGACAUGGUUGAGUGGGAAUGUCUGGAGACUCUCCUAAGACAAUAUGGGUUCGACGAGAGAUGGUGCAAAUGGGUCAGCGCCUGUAUCCGGACUGUUAGCUUCUCAGUUUUAUUCAACGGAGAAGCCUCAGAGAGAUUCUGUCCCUCGAGGGGCAUUAGACAAGGAGACCCUCUUUCCCCUUUUCUCUUCAUCCUUAUGUCAAAUGCACUCACAUUCCUGAUUGACAAAGCGGUGAGGGAAGAACGGAUCAAGGGAAUCAAGCUCAACUCCAGAUGCCCUACUCUCACCCACUGUCUCUUUGCGGAUGACACGGUCAUUUUUGGGAAAGCUAACAUCCAAGAGGCUGGAAGAAUUUUGGAGGUCAUCAACGACUAUGGAGCAAUUACUGGUCAAGAAGUAAACAUUCACAAAUCCUCUAUUUUCUUCAGCGCGAAUGUUCCAGUUGAAGAGAAGAAUGAUAUCAUCAAUCACAUUGGAUUUGCAUCCUCCAAUUGCCAUUCUAAAUACCUUGGAGUCCCGACUGAAUGGGGAAAUUCAAAGAAGGAAACAUUCUACUUCCUUAUCCAAAGGAUGGAAAAGAUGGGGGAAGCGUGGAAGAGCCUACUUCUUUCACAUGGAGGGAAGGAAGUCCUCCUUAAGUCGGUUAUCCAGGCCAUCCCUACAUUCAUCAUGUGCCUGUUCCUUCUACCAGUCUCACUGACGAAGAAAAUGGACUCUCUCCUUAGCAAUUUUUUCUGGUCAGGAUCAAUGCAGAAAAGCAACCUCCACUGGUGCAGCAAGGAGAUUCUCUGUACCCCAAAAUCAGAGGGAGGUUUGGGUUUCCGAAGCUUCAGAGACUUCAAUCUGGCCCUGCUUGCCAAACAAGCUUGGAGGCUUAUGAACAACACGGAUACACUUUGGAGUCGUCGUAUCAAAGGACUUUAUUUCCCUAGAGGCAACUUCCUCUCGGCUAAAAAAGGGAGCAAACCAUCUUGGAUCUGGGCGAGUCUGUGGGAGUCUAAGAAGGUCAUUGAUCUGGGAGCUGUGAGAGUUAUUGGAUCAGGAGAUGAUACAUGGAUUGAGCAAGAUCCGUGGGUUCCCUUCCUCCCCAGAGCAUGCAUUCAAAGUGGCCCACAAAAUCAUGCAAAAGUCAGUUCCUGGAUUGAUACGGAAAGCAGGAAGUGGAAUGAUGAGAUGUUUCAGAGACAGGUCUCUCCUACAAAAAGAGAUGCUAUUUUAAGAGUUCCGAUUGGGGAGGAGGACGCUAAGGAUUUCUGGGCGUGGAGGUUUAAUGAAGAUGGGAAGUUUACAGUCAAGACAGCGUAUCAUGCGGUCCACUCUGCAGUUAUGGAUCCCCAAACGAUGAACAAUGUGGAGAAAUGGAAAUGGAUGUGGAGUCUGAAUAUCCCGCCUAAGCUCAAAUUCUUUGUCUGGAGAUGUGCCAGGAACGGACUAGCAACAAAAGAGAGACUUCUACACAGGAAAUGCUCCCCUAAUGCAACGUGCCAAGUGUGCCAUUGGCCGAAUGAGUCCCUCUUCUACUGCCUCUUUCAAUGCCCCCAUGCGAGGGAAUCAUGGGAAGUUAUCUUCCCAAACCUCCCGUUUCCAGCUCAGUAUACUACUUUCCUUGACUGGUUGUACGUUCUCAAGGACUCUAUCCAACCAGGAGCCCUCACCCAUGUUAUUUUCCUUUGCUGGAAUAUCUGGAAGGCUAGAAAUGAAUGUGUGUUCAAGAAUAGGAUCCCUUGGCAUCCGAACGUUAUUUUGCGAACUUACAAAGAAUUCACGGAAUGGACUAGCUGCCCGAGGAGUCCCCCCAAUGACUCUCCUUCUACUCAGCUCAGGGGAGCCCAAUCACUCAAUUCUCCACCGCCAAGCAAUCACAAUUUGGUGAUUCACUGUGAUGGGUCGUUCUUAAACGACUCCCAGCCGGCGGCAUAUGGUGUGGUAGUCACUAACCACCAUGGUCAAGUGUUUGAUGGGCGAGCUGACACUCUACUUUGUUCCACCCCACUCGAAGCCGAAGCGAAAGCCCUUUUGGAAGGUCUCAAAUUAGCCCAAGAAUAUGGCACUGAAUGUGUUGUCCAGUCAGACUGCCAGCAGAUUGUCAAAGCUCUCUCGGACGAGCCAAGAAACUGGCCUUGGAGAGGUGCAGCCUGGAUUGGAUCAAUGGUCUCAAUCUUAAGAACAAACCCUCAAGUGAAGGUCAAGGCAGUUUCACGUGCUUUCAAUGUUAGAGCUGAUUGGGUUGCACGAUCUCUAGCUAGAUCCUCCCUCCCUGUUGACUGGAUUAGUAUUCUUGACCUAAUUUCGGAUUUCCUUUGAUAGUGUGUAUUCUCGCUUUUCUCGAAUUGGAAGUGGAAUAAAAGUGGAUCCUUAUUGUCAAAAAAAAAAAAACUCUACCGGACUACUAUUUGGAAGUGAGAGUCAUUAUGAUAUGUUAGAGUUAUUAGGAGAAUCCGUAUUAAGGUGGAAUAAAAUAAAGUAAAGAAGAAGAGGAAGCAGGAGAUUGGGUUAGAGAGGAAGCAGGAGGAGAGCCAUACGUUGAACAAGAGGGCUAUCCACAAUCUCAUCCAAUCUCUUAUUAUUCACCACCAAAACCGAGCCCGCACGAACCCCACACUCAGUUAACUUCCUUUCUCUUGCAACCACUCGCUCAUAUCACUCUCCGCACCCCCAACCCACAUAAGACUCCAGUGAACACCAAUCCCACAUUCUCGAUCCUCCCUCUCAUCUCUUCUUCCAGCACUCUGUUUCACUGCCCAGAUGGCUUCGGCUACUUUCGCCGUAGCCAAACCAUCUCUUCAGGUAAAUAAUACUCUCUUUGGAUGACUUUAUACCAGUCAUUGUGGUAUGCCACAUAUAUAUAUAUAUAUGCCAGCUUUGCUACCUCCACCGAUCACCACUUACUAGAUCAUAUUCAUUUCAUUACUAGGUUUAUGGUGAUUUAUAUACUGGACUAGUUAACUAGUAGUUACCAACACUGAUUGCAGGGAAAUGGGAAGGGUCUGGCGGAAUUCUCAGGCUUACGCACCUCAUCAGCUUUCCUUCCUUUCGCCAAGAAAACGUCCGAUGACUUUUUCUCAGUCGUUUCUUUCCAGACCUCUGCUGUAAGCUGCCUACGUACCCUACCCUGCUCUGCAUCUCAUUCUCUGCCUUUUUUUUCUUCCUUAGUUAAUAUUCACAUUAGCUUUCCUCUUCUAUAAAAGAUGUUCCACUGCACCUAAUUUUUGGAUCCAAAUAAAUGAAUUCAAUCGGUUAAAUAGCUAGUAUGGGCAGCAUCAGCGGAACUUACAAAAAUAAACAAAAAGUUUAUAUAUAAAUAUAUGGUAAAGACUAACAUAUGUAUAUAAGCACGCAUGUUUCAAAUACAGAAUUGAUUAAUGAGCUACAUAUGGGGUCUGGAUAGUAUAACAACACUUAAAGUAUUGUUAUAGUAACAACAUAAUUCAUUAAGGGCAAAAGAGUAAAUUACACAGAAAGUAAUAAAAUAAUUUUGAUUAAAAUCCACAAUCCUCUGCCAAGUCUACUCUUCCUUCAACCCCAUUGCAAUGCUUCUCCGCUCCCAUUCUUCCCCGCCACCCACCGCCCUUGCUUCUUCCCCGCCACCCUUGCUUCUUCUGUCAUCAAGCUUUUUAUUUCGCCAUCGGCGGCGCCAAUCCGCAUCUCUACCAUCACCGGCGCCAUCGCAUCAUCUGCAUCGAUUGAGCUCGAGAUUGGGGAAAAAAAUUGUCUGCAAAAUUGUGUGGACGGAAUUGAAACAUCGACGACGCUGCCUAAACGGGUGAAACAGUGGGAAGAGGUUGUCGUUGCCGCCGUCGAAUUGGUAUGGAGACGGGGUGAAACAUCGCCGCGCUUUCUCGUCAUCGACGCGCAGGAUCAGACCUUCAAUACCUUCCGCCGCGAGGACUCGGCAUGGAAGAAUUACUACCACUACCACGCCUGGGAUGACAGUCGGCAUUGCGUGGGGAUUGGGUUAAGGGAGUGCAAAUUCUUCUGCCUGUUCGAAACCGGUACCUUUUAAUUUUCGAAAUCGGCGGCUUCUUCAGCGGAGGAUGCUGGAGGCGGUUUCUUCUCCGACGCCGACGCCGGCGGGCCAAGUGUAUAAUAAUCUGCAAAUUGUGGAGAGGGGACGGAGAGUGGACGAUGAUGGGUCGUGUGUGGUGGUGAAUUGGGAGCGAGUUGCGGGUAGAGGAAGACAGAGGUGGCGGCUGGCGAGAGUACAGAGGAGAAGAAAGGAAGAAUAAGAAGAAGAAAAAUCU